GAAAAUAUUGCUCUUUUUUAUACAUUAGCUUAAAGUAUAACAAUGGCUUCUCGAUUCACUCGUUUGACAACUGCUGUCCCCAAGUUGGCUCGUGGCUACGCUGCUGCUUCCGUCAAGGCCCCCAUCACCCUUUACGGUCUUGAAGGUCGCUAUGCUACUGCACUUUACACUGCUGCUGCCCGUCAGAACAAUCUUGAAGCUGUUGAGAAGGACCUCAACACAUUUGGCCAAGCCAUCAAGAAGGACACUGCUUUCAAGAGUUUUUUGGAAAACCCCACUGUUCCUCGCGCUACCAAGUUGAAUGGCCUUAGCGAUGUUGCCAAGAAGGCCGGUAAGCCCAGUGAAUUGACCAACAACUUGCUCGAAGUUUUGGCCGAAAACGGUCGUUUGAACACCCUUGACAAGGUGAUUGAAGCCUACAGUGAAUUGAUGAGUGCUCACCGUAAUGAAUUACCACUCGUUGUUACUUCAGCCAAGCCCUUGGAAAAGGCUGCUUUGAACAAGAUUGUUGAUUCCCUUCAAAAGAGCAACCUUGCUGAAGGCAAGAAGCUCCUUGUUUCCAACAAGGUUAAGCCCGAUAUUCUUGGCGGUAUCUUGGUUGAAAUUGGAGACAAGAGCAUUGACUUGACUGUUUCUUCUAAACUUGCCAAGUUGAACAAGUUGAUCACUGAUUCUGUUUAAAUAAAUAAUUGAAAAGGAUGAGGAGUUGAAUAUAUAAACAUAUAUGUUGUCAUUAAACUAUAUAAAAAUAAAACCUUCGCUAACAAAACAUGAUCAAGACGCGCGCAACAGUAAGUUCAGAGUUCAUCAACAUUACAUCAGGUCGACAGCAUACUUUUUCAAAGUACGA